ACCCCCCUAUCGUGCUGCAGGAAUGGUUUAACCCGUUACCCACAGUGAGCGAGACAGAGAGCACAAAGGAAGCGCAUAUACACUGGUCGUUUACAAGGGAUAUUUAUGAAAGCUUGAUGUAAACACGGAAUAAAAACCGCAAGGCAGCAUUUCCAUUUCCCGUCGCAGUGGUCCAUUAUCGGCGUUCAAUAUUACAUGAGGUAGCCUACCUACCGGCUAGCAACAACGCGUCUGUCUGGACACCGAAAGGCAGACAGUAAGUGUGAAAUUGAAGAGGAGUUGAGCAUUGUUUCAUCUUCGCUUUAGGCUUUUCUGGAGUUGCUCACUGUUUUUUUGUAGUUGUUGUUUUUUUGUUGGACCGAGCCCGGUUAACUGAGAUCAUGAUGUUGGGGUUUUCAAGCAAACAAAUGGAGAUUCUCUUCUUCUCUUUUUAAAAACAGUUUUUUUUUUUCUUUUUGGACUUGGGGAUGACAAAGGAAACACACGCUAAUAUGUUGCAUUUCUGAGUGCUGAUGGUGUGCUUGUUGCGACCAAUAAAGCUACAGGUCAAAUUGAAAUCUGUUCUUCCUACUCUAGCUAGGCACAAUAUGAUGGUAGACACGUCUCAAUGGGUGAGGCCCACUGAUCCAGUCAUCCCCUGCACAUCCCCUCCACCCCUCCCCCCUGCCCUCCUUUGUUCCCCUAAACUCCAACCCACUUCACUUCAGUCACCAUGACUUCCACCGGCCACCUGCUGGGUUUGGCUGAGGUGGGGCUGAGGUGUGACCAGGAGAUUGAGAGGAGAUAUGAGAUUGUUCCCUCAGUGGUCUGCUCCAUGUGCUGCCUCUUUGGAAUCAUCUACUGCUUCUUUGGCUAUCGAUGCUUCAAGGCCGUAUUGUUCCUCACAGGCCUAAUGUUUGGCUCUGUGGUCAUCUUCAUGCUGUGCUACAAGGAGAGGGUGAUGGACACUCAGCUCAGCGUCGAGGCGUCAGUGGGCAUUGGCCUGGGUAUCGGGACCCUGUGUGGCCUUGUGACCAUGUUGGUUCGAAGUGUGGGGCUGUUUAUGGUGGGCCUGCUGCUGGGCCUACUGGUUGGAGUGGCUUCACUGGUGGUUAUGGAGGAGUUCUACCACCCCAGAACAGUGUGGGUUCCUCUGGGUAUUCUCCUGGGUUCUGGGACGCUAUUUGCCGUCCUCACUCUUCAGUGGCAGCGCUGCUUCGUCACCCUCUCCACCGCCACAUUCGGCUCUGCCAUCAUCACUGUCACCGUGGAUUACUUCAUAGAGCUGUUCGCCUUGGUCCACUACGUCUACGAGAGACUCAGGGUGGCACCAAAGAAGCCAGUCUGCUGGUUUACUUGGGUCAUCUUGGGGGUGUGGCCUGUCCUGGCCCUCCUCGGAGUGCUGAUCCAAUGGAAAGUCACUGCAGAGGGAUUUUCUCACACAGAGGUGGUUUUGAGUCGACAGCAACGGAGGGUCCAGCUCAUGCGGAUCCGACAGCGGGAAGAGAGGCUGAAAAAGGAAAAGGAGAACAAGAAGAAGAAAAAACGAGAGAACCAGAAAACCAGCCACAAGCAGAAACCCCACACCAAUCACCACCACCAGCAGUACCAUCACCCAGCGGCCUCCCACCCUCAUCACCAAGCCCAGAGCUCUCAGCCACCUAAAGUCCCUCCUCCUCAGACUGAACCCGGCUACCACCGCAAGGCCAACCCUAAAAGGCGCUUUGAUGGAGAUGUGCUGUCACCGAGCUACAUCAGGAGUUUCAGGGACAGACAAACAGACAGACGAGCGUACUCCCACAGUCGAAUGAUGAGCCGCUCCCGGAUGGCCGAACUCGACUACGACUGCGGCUCUCGAGUGCCCCUCACGGCUCCCAGUGGACCCCCAGUACGCAUCUGAGACGGAGAAAUGCACAUCCACACACACAACCUCACACACACACAAUCGCACAAGGCUACUUCAAACCUCUUUGUCACAGUUAGGGGUAGAAAACCUAACCCUGCUGUGCCAACCUAAUCAACUGCCUACAGGAACUCAAUAUGUCCCACACUGGUUUUCUCCUCUCAGACCUGUAAGAAGUUGUAUUUAUUUGGCCAGUUCGGUCAUGUUGUGUUUUUUUUAUGAAUGUCAAGACACAAGAGCUGAGCCUCUUCUUUUGGAUGGAGUAAGAACUGAUUGCUUGGUCAAAUCUCGAACAUGAGUCAUUACAUACCGUAUUUCUUCAACUUUAAACUUGUUACGUUACCAUACUGGUCCGGGGGACACUGGAAAAAAUAGACCUGUCUGGUAGGGAGUUGAUUGAAAUAUUUGAUUUAAAGAAUCUUCUGAUUGCUUCAAGCCAUAAGAAGUUUUCUCUCAGACUGCAGUGGAGGAAGGAAUCAAAACACUAAUUUCACCGCAUGAGGGAUGCAUUAUUUUUUUUUAAAUGCAUUACGUGGCUUUCAUGGAGUCAAGGUAGCACUACCUUCAAAAAACCUUCCACAAUAUCUUUAGUUCAAGGGUUGUUAUUAUUAUUAUUUUUAGAUAAUUUUUUGGCAUUUUAGGCCUUUAUUUGAUAGGAAAGCUUAGACAUGAAAGGGGAGAGAGAGGGGGAACGACAUGCAGCAAAGGGCUGCGGGUCAGAAUCGAACCUGCAGCCGCUGCCGCGAGGACUGAGCCUCUGCACAUGGGGUGCACGCUCUACCAGGUGAACUACCCCGGUGCCCCCCAGUUCAAGGGUUAUUAACGAGGAAAUUAUUUGCUUCAAGGAUUCCAUUAAGAGCGCUCAGAGGAAAAUGACAGAACAACAACAAAUAACACAGCUAACACUGACACAGAAAGACAGCUCUUCUUCAUCAUCUUCUUCACUGAAAGGUCAUGUGUGAAGUACAUGAUGUCAGCCUGAUAUCUUCACUGAUACCCUGUCAAUCCAGAGAUGGCAGCGCAAGUCAAAAAGCUGAAAAAGUGGCUGCUUUUAGGUGUGCAUCAGCUCAGAGUUCACACUGAAGACAAUUUUUAUGUUAUUUCACCCACGAAUCCUCCAUGUGUCAUUGCCUACACUGGUGCCAUUUUCCAAGGGGAAUCUCAUAACUCUCCUUUUGCCCUCCAUCGCCAGCUGUUUUACCACACGGACCUGAGCAGGAGACACAUCCGUACCUCCCAUCUAAUUUCCCAUUUCCACUGAAUUUAAAAUAUUUUUUUAAGCUGCUGUAUGUCAUUAUCUUUGUUGUCAUGUUUUUAAGUGCUCUGAUGUCCCUUUUGCUCUUCUAACCCUAAAAAAAAUCUUAAAUUUGUCAGCUAUUUGUCUAAAUAUGCUGUUAAGGCACAAAGACAAUACAUUGCUAUCUGGUCAUUCAUGGCAGAGUUAAAUAUAGUGUGUUUGUGUGUGUGAGUGGACACAGGAGCCCUGUGGCAAGUGAUGGACUGCACCAAAUUUUGGCCAAGGAGAGGGGGUUUCAUUGUAAUGUAUGUAAAAUAUGCUGUAUUGUUUUUCCUCUUUUUGCCAAUUUACUGGUCCAAUUAAAGAUGUGAAUCUUAUAGUUUGGAUGCAGUGUUCAAUGAUGAGAAGGAGGAGGAGGAAGAUAAUCUCCUGUAAAUGAUAAGACAGUGAAAAGAUGAAAUCAUUUGCAAAUAGCGCCCUCUAAUGUUUACUACUGGCCUUUUUUUUUCCUAGACUUACUGUUUAUGUGUGCAUAUGUUUGUGUGUUACAUGCAUCUGCAUAUGAGUUGCUUUUAAAAUCAGAUGUGCUCCGAACAUUGAUAUUGUUGUACUGAACAUCCAGAGAGGUGAAGGGAGUUAGAUUUGUACAGGAUGGAACAAUGGAACUAUUUUUGUUUUAUUUGAACCUCUUUGAAAUUGACGUACUGUAGUUCCCCACAAUACACACCAACACUACCAAUGUUACAAUUCCCACUGAGACUAAAUGUUACUACAAAAAGACUUGGAUUGUGUUUUAUGUACAUUUUUGGAGAUUUUACUUUUGAGGUUUAGAUAAACAAAAACAUUCCACGGUACUGUACUUAAGAUGGGAUGUGACAGGCUUAGCACUAGAGGACCGAUCAUUACCACCUUAACCCAUACUGCAUGAGAAUCCUUGUGUAACUGUUUCCAAUGUGUCAGUAUUUUAGUGUGUCCCUGUUGUCAUGUGAAAACCUCAGAUUUCCAGUUAUAGUUUGUUGGUCCCAGGGUGCACAAAACACAAUCCACAUUGGCUGGAUGAAGGACAAACUCUUCUCUUCUCUUCUCUUCUCUUCUCUUCUCUUCUCUUCUCUCUAUGAUGUCCAGGUAAAGGGCUUUGAAAAGACAUUAAAACAAUUUCCCUCCUAUUGACAUGCAUUAUGCUAACUCACUUUCUAAUCUACUGUAUCAUUGUUAUCAUUGUAACAAUAAUGUUUUGCAGUAGUGGCUGUUCAAGUGUUUUUUGGCUUUUGCUUUCACUUUAGUCCUGUUUGGGUCUUCUUUUGGGGUUUUACUGUCGAGCGUUUUUAACAUCACUGUCUUUACAUUUUAGAAAAAUAAAAAUUUACAAAAUGGUAAUUUGAAACAUAAUAGGCCCCGUUCUUGUCUUUGGGGACAACAUGAAUUAUUGUAAUUAAAUUGUCAGUUAUUUUUAUUAGCUUUUUUUAAUUUUUGUUUUCAUUAUUUUUUGUGAUUGCCUGUCACUGCUGAAUAUACGUGAGGAAACACUUGUUGUAGAUAUUGAACUGUAAAUGAUUUUAAAAUGUACAGACGUUUUCUUUCAUUUUCAUGUUUACACCAUGAUCACUUAUGUCAUUUAUCCAGCUGAUUGUAUCAGACAUGUUUUAUAUUGCGUUACUACUGUAUGUCCAAUUGGUUUGAUUUGGCUGGGUGCUGGAAGCACUUGUGUCAUUCUCAUCCUGCUGUUUCAUCGUGUAAUGUUGAAAAUCAGCAAACAAACUGAGCCUUGACUCUGAUUAUCAGCUACCUUCAGUAAUUCAAUAGUUGCUCCACAUUUUGAGAAGAGACGACAAUUCAUUUUCUUUCCACGCUGUUUAAAUGUGUACAAAUCACCUAAUAAUUAUUAUUAUUAUUAUUAUUGAUAGCAUGAAUUUAUAUGGACCUAAAAUAUGAUAAACAUUGUUAUUCUACAAUCUAA